AUGACAGCAGACCACCCCGAGGACACCAUCCGCGCGCACUGGAAGUGCUUCGUGGCCUGCGGGCUUAUCAUCCUGUCGCCCUUCCAGUAUGGCGUCGACUUUGGCCUCAUUGGAGGUCUGCAGGCGAUGCCAGGAUUCCUCAUGAUCUUUGGCUACAGGGCGCCCAACACCGCCCUCGGCUGGAACCUCGACACCACUCGGCAGCAGAUUAUCUCCUCUUUCAUGACCCUCGGUGCCUUCAUCAGCUCAGGCGGUGCUGGUUUUGCCGCCAUCAAGCUCGGACGGAAGCAAUGCCUCUGGCUCGCCUGCGCCCUCUGCUGCGUCUCCAACAUCUUGAUGAUGGCCACGGAAAACAUCGGGGCCCUCUACACGGGACGCCUGCUCAUCGGGCUGGCCAACGGCUUCUUCAUGACCUUCUCGCAGCUGUACAUCCAGGAGUCUAGCCCGGCCAAGUACCGCGGCCUCUUCCUGACCAUCUUCCAGUUCUGCACGUCCUUUGGCACCCUCGUCGGCACCAUCAUCGACUGGGCCACCGCCAAGCGCAUGGACAAGUCGGCCUACCUCAUCCCCCUGGGCAUCAUCUACGUCGUCCCCUGCAUCCUCACGGUCGCCCUGUUCUUCAUCCCCGAGAGCCCGCGCUGGCUCGUGCUGCAGGGCCGCCUCGAGGACGCGCACAGGUCCCUCUCGUGGCUGCGCCCGCCCACGGCGCCCAUCGACGACGAGGUCGCCGAGAUCAAGGCCGCCAUCGACAAGGAGCGCGAGCUCGGCAGCAACGUCGGCGUGCUCGACAUGUUCCGCACCAAGACGGACCGGCGCCGCACCGCGCUGUCCGUCUGCGUCGUCACCCUGCAGGCCGCCUCGGGCUCCAUGUUCAUCAUCGCCUACAAGGCCUACUUCUUCGGCAUGGCCAAGGUCACUGACCCGUUUGCUAUGACCAACGUCCUUAGCACCGUCGGCAUCGUCGCCAUCCUUAUUAACUCGCUCAUCGUCGUCCGCUACGGCCGCCGCCGCGUCAUCAUGACCAUCGGCCUCGUCACCUGCGGCAUCCUGCAGCUCAUCAUCGCCAUCACCUACGACAAGAACCCCGGCGCCAAGGUCACGGGCCAGGUUCUCGUCGGGCUGAGCUCCCUGUACCUCGCCUCGUACAACUGCAGCAAGUUCAUGCGACGGUCGGAUCUAACUUUCAUCUUCCUUCCACAGGGUAUGAUCGCCUCAUACGCCUGGCUCGCGGGCGGCGAGAUCCCCUCCCAGCGCCUGCGCAGCUACACCUUCGGCCUCGCCGCCGCCUCGGGCUUCUUCUUCGCCUGGCUGACGACCUUCACGGCGCCCUACUUCAUCAACCCGCAGUCGCUCAACUGGGGGCCCCGCUACGGCUACAUCUGGACCCCCUCGUGCGCCAUCGCCGCCCUCUGGGUCUUCUUCUUCCUGCCCGAGACCAAGGGCCGCACGCUCGAGGAGAUCGACGAGAUGUUCGAGGCCGGCGUGCCCGCCCGCAAGUUCCGCACCUACGUCUGCGUGCGCGGCGUCCCCACCGCCGACCCCAAGGGUGCCGUGCGGAAGAGCAUGGAUGAGGAGGGCGAUGUUGAGAAGGUUAACGUCGAGCACAGCAAGUAA